AUGUUUCAAGGUGAUAUAACGAUGUCUCCUCCUAUUAUUAAUGAUGAACGAGUAUUUACAUUUCGCUCAAAAAGCCAAUUGGAACGACAAUCUCAACCAAUAAGAUCAAUUUUUGAAGUUCUAUUAAGAAUUGUUCCCCAUCGUUUCACUUAUAAUCGUUGUUGCGGUUCAAGUGUAUGUACAUCGUUUCAAAGUGAUUCGCGUACGGGUAGUGAUCGCUCAACUGUUAAUCACUUUCAAAAUAAUACACCAAAUAAUGAAAUUAGUGUAUCGUCAUCAACUGUUGAUAGAGAAUCAACUUUAAGCAUCCGAUCACUUAUUGGAAAAUCAAAAGAACGCGUAAAAUUUAAAAUUCUACAAGGCGAACAUUCUUAUAGUAAUAAUGAUUUAAUUUGUACUACGCCUAUUAUUCGAACAUAUUUGUAUAAGAAAUUUCGUCGUGGUGCCAAUUUAAUUUUAUUUUGUGUUUAUUGGUGUAAAAUAGCUCGUAAAAAAAAUAAUGCAAAAUCUGUGGAAUAUCAGUCGUUUUUACAAGCAGUUGAUACAAGUGGAUCGACGGAAAAAUACAUGUUCGAUAAAUCAUAUUACAAAACAUUAUCGGUAGAUAAGAGCAGUAAAAUGAAUACAUUAGUAACAUUAGUAACACGUUAUAUUCCGACUAGAACUGUUAUGUCAAUUACAACACCUGUAUAUUGA